AUGGAUUCAUAUAUUCGAAAAUCUUCCAAACACGGCCCUCCUCAGGACCAAUUGACAAAAAAUCUCGGAAAAACAAUUCGAAUUUGCCAAUUAAACGCCGAAGGUCUUAGCAGAGCUAAAAGCGAGUACAUUACGAAACUCUUGCUAGACCAAAAGAUUGACAUGGCUGUUAUCCAGGAAACCCAUAUAGAGAGUGAAGACCAGCAACGUCGCAGAGGCAAAAUUCAUGGUUUUGACCUACUUGGAGCUACCUACCACCGCUCAUAUGGAGUCGCAACCUACGUUCGGAAUGACAUCGAAAACGCUAUAUUAUUAAAUUCUACAGUAACCUCAAACAUCCACCAAGUAGUAACAAAAAUAGCUGACAUUACCGUCGUUAAUGCCUAUAAGCCACCUCAAACAUCCUGGCCUGAUAAUGUCCUAAAUGUCUCUCCACACCCUGCAAUAUAUGCAGGCGACUUCAAUAGCCAUCACACUGCUUGGAAAUAUCGAACCACUGAUGAAAAUGGCGAUCGCCUUGCGAGCUGGGCUGAUUCACAUGAUCUUCACCUAAUUUUUGAUGCCAAAGAACGAAACUCUUUCAGAUCAGCUGCGUGGAACACUGAAACAAACCCAGACCUGUGUUUUGUCUCAGAUAAUGCCAAAAAACGUCCUAUAUCAAUGUCGAGGAAAGUUCUGGAUGACUUCCCGCACAGUCAACAUCGCCCCAUAGUUCUCGAAACUGGAAUUAAAAUUCCGAUAAUCCAUUCUACACCCAGGCCUAGGUGGAAUUUUGGAAAGGCCCAAUGGGACAAAUUCGCUAUGGAGUUGGACAAAGUCGUCAGAUGGAUCCCUCCUAAAAGCCACAAUUAUGGUAGAUUUGGCAAAGCCGUUAUAACAACAGCAAAAAAGUGUAUACCACGUGGAUUUCGAAAGGAAUAUGUCCCAGGAUGGAGCGACGACAUGGAACAGCUCUAUCAGGAAUUUCAGAACAACGGAGACUCUGAGAUAGCAGACGAGCUCCUUAUCGGGGCUUGGAGCCUUCUGAGGAAACUGGGCAGCUCUAACCCACCCACUCGUGAACCACCGGAAGUAUCAGCAGACCAAAUCGCUGCAAAAGUGAUAACACUCUCUAAGGCCCCUAGCAGCAAACAACAAAACGCAAAUAUUAAAAAACAACUGACAAUCUGCCGCCAAAAAGCAAGUGCCCACUCUGAAUACGCCAAGUCAUUCUCUGUGGAAGAAGUCGAUAAAGCACUGGAAAACACCAAAUCUGGUAAAGCUCCUGGAUUCGAUGGAAUUCGCCCCGAAUUCCUCAAAAACUGCGGGAAACAUACAAGAAUGUGGCUGAGUAAAUUCUAUUCCGAUAUCCUACUAACAGGGCAUAUUCCAAUAGAGCUCAAGAAAUCCAAAAUAGUUGCAGUUCUAAAGCCAAACAAACCUAAGAACGUGCCUGAAAGCUACCGCCCAAUAGCCUUAUUAAGUUCAUGCUACAAACUUCUAGAACGUAUGCUAUUAAACCGAAUAGGCCCAUUGAUAUUGGAACAUACUCCUGUUGAACAGGCUGGAUUCAGACCGCAUCGUAGCUGUGUGGACCAGGUACUCAGCCUAACAAUACACAUUGAAGCAGGAUUCCAAAAACAGCAGAAGACCACUGUGGUGUAUGUUGACUUGACUGCGGCGUAUGACACGGUCUGGAGAGAAGGUCUUCUAUACAAAUUCCUCAACGUAGUACCAUGCAGUAGAAUAGCAUCUCUAUUAAACAACAUGCUGUGUGACAGGCCCUUCCAAAUAAUAACAGGAAAAAACAGGAGUAAAAUAAGACACCUUAAUAAUGGGCUCCCUCAAGGCUCGGUACUCGCACCGGUACUGUUUAAUCUAUAUAUCUCCGACAUUCCACAUACAACGUCAACAAAAUUUGGGCAUGCCGACGAUUUAGCUCUUGCCAUCCGCAGUAAAACUAUAGAGGAAGCUAAUGGCCUACUAUCAGAAAACCUAUCUGUACUGGGAAAAUAUUUCGCAAACUGGAGACUAAUCCCAAAUAUGAAUAAAACUGAAGUGUCGUGCUUUCAUCUCAAUAAUAACACAGGCCGACAUGAUUUUUGUAACACGAGUCAGUUGCAGAAUUUCUUCAUAAAAAUAUGCUUCUAA